AGUUUACAAUAACCAAGGAGACUGACGCGUGAUAUUCGGCGUGGUUCCCUGGACAAACACACUCUGUAUUGUUAGCGAGAUUUUUUAAAGAAUCAUCUGAAGAGGAGUAAAACACAACAAUGCAGAACAUCACCAAUCAUAUCGUAGUAGGUGAAGCCGAGAGUAGAGUCAUUCGAACAAAAUCAUCAUCAAACUCUUUGCCCUUAUCAUCAUCGUCGUCGUCGUCACAUCGGGAUCGAAUAAGAGGUAACAAGAACAAUUCUGAUCGCAACAUCAAUUACAAAAUGAACGCUAAACUCGAUGUCGAAAGCUAUGAUCCUGAAACGGUCCACGUUAAAGAAUGCGUCGUUGAGAUCAUCGGGAGGUCGGCGUCGAAUUGUGAUGACGACGAAGGCUCUAACCACGCCGUUUACGUAAAUAACGACAACGAUAAUCAGUCAGUCGACGAAUACAGCCCAUCGCGGUGGAAGAAAAGAUGCAUUAAAAUUUCAUGGUAUGUCGUGAUCGGAGCUUUCUUGACUGCUUGUCCCGUGUUCGCUGCCGGCAUCGUGCUCGGUGUCAUGGCUUACUCUGAUCGCCCUACAGCACAUCUGCUCGUAAAACCAGCCAACAUCGUUCUCAGUAUGUUUUUCUUUCUGAUAGGUGUAGGAGUUGGGUUCCUGAUAUUCCUGUUUGUUAGAAAACGUCUUGGAUUCUGGGCCAAGGAAGAACAGAGGGAAAUGGUGACCGAAUUCAGCAACUAUGUUCAUGAGGAACCGACGGUGGUUAUCCGGGAUUCAAUAGUAAGAUAGCUGUCAUCUGUCAUAUGGAAACGAAUUGGUCAUAUUCAUGAUAUUCUGCAUAUUCGAUGAAACGGCAAAACCAACGGCUACUAUAACACCUGGGCAACAGUACGGAAUACUACAUCUUCGAAAGACGAUCUUCAGACAAAAACCAAUUGAAAUGCAUAAUCGAAGAAAUCUACUCAAAUUGAAAAUCAUCACAACGGAGUGCGUCGUGAAGACUAGAUUUUAGAAAUAUACGUUUUGAUAUAUUUCAUAUAAAUAUAUAUUCUAAAUAUAUAUGCAGACUAAUGCACCAAAUGCUGAAUUGUUUACCAUAUAAAUGGUGUAAUUAUGUUUAUCGGUUGGAAGUAAUGAGGGGGAAAAGGAAAAAGAUCCUAUUGAAGAUGCAUUUUAAAUGUGUUAUAAUAAUAACACCGGCCAAGAAAUAACGUUGGAUGUAUGGAGUUUGAAGAUCGUCUCCACCCUCUUUUUAUCUUGUAGCAAUUUGGUUUAAGUAUUUCCUAGUAUAUAUGGAUAAAUCUUCAUUAGAAUAUGUGUUUUGGUGGUCUAUGAUCAUAGAGUAUAUUAAAAAUAUCAUUUUUGUGAACAUCCAUUUAAAACAUUGACAUCCGUAUAACAGAAUCAUUAGCAUUCUGCAUUUUUAUAUUUGGAUCACGGAAAUGUUAUAAUCAUUUUCUUUCUUUCUCUUUCACUCUUUCCAUAAUUAUGUCAAUAUUUGUGUGGAUUUUGGGGCUGUUGGCCGAAAGAUGAUCGGAUCAUGAAUUUCAUGGAUUGUGAACCUUGAAACGAUAGUUAUCAUAAUGAUAAUAAUGUGAAUUGUAAAGCGCUAAAUGUGCUCAAGGUGCAUAAAGAGCAAAAAGUAAAAUAAAAGAGUUUUCAGAAAAUUUUAAAAGUCUCGACGGAGGUGCAUUUUUUGUCGUCAGGAAGGCUUUUCCACAAAGUGGGGCACACAUAAGCAAAUGAUCUUAUGGAUAAUGUAUGAAUAUUCUGAACCAAAAAAAAAAAUACAGAAAAGGUCGAGUGUAAUUUUGAAAUUCCUGCUUUGAAGUAUUUUCGAUUGUACGUAAGGAAUGUUUGAAUAAAGGUAAUUCCGUUUUGGAUCCAAUAAGCUAGAAAAAUUAAUAGAUGUGUUCUAUAACCAUAAAAUUAUCCAUGUGUAAUAAAUUGAACACACGUCACGAUAAUACUUUAGCAAUGCAACACUUGUAACAAAGCGCUGAUUUGUAGGAGGCCAUUAUGCCAAAACGCAAAAGCAUUGUAUAGAAAUGAAAUUCCUUCAAGUAAUACUUUUAAUGCGACAAUAAAGAAUAUGCCUUAUUUCAGUUCUGGAUUGUACAUGAAUAACAUGCCUUUUAGUGGUUUGCUUUUAUCUGUCAAAGAAAUUUUGUAACUAAAAUAGGACCGAUUCCUCUAUGACGUGUUUUUAAAUAUUAAUGUAUGACGUAGGUUUUUUUAUGCAAUCUAACAUGUCUGUCAAACUCAAUCUUUGAAUAAUAAAAACUCGUUAUUCUGAAGGGUUUUUUUAUACCGAAAAUGAAAUAAGAUUCGAUACUCCGAUUUGGGUCUACGAAAACGAAAUAAAGUCCGAUAUUCCGAACAGUAAUCUUAAAAAGAAAAAAACAUACGAUUCGUUAUUCCAAGGUUUGAUUUUAACCGGAAAGGAAGUUUUGUUCGUAUUAUAUGUAUAUUUGAUUUUUUUUUCGCAAUGACCAACUUCCUUUUUGGGAUAUCAAGUACGAACCUAGACUAACCAUAUUUCACUUCAGACUGUCGAACAUUUUUUUUUCGAAUGAUAAACCUUUGGAUUAACGCCACGUAUUUUCGGUUUAUCAAAUCCAUACUCAUGUUUAGACUAACGACCAUACGGGUCGCGAGGCCAAAUGGUUCAAGCAUUGGACUCAUGAUUGUGAGGUCGUGAGUUCGAAUCCCUGCUUGGCCAUUAUUUCCAUUGUAAACAGAAAGGCCCGAGAGUAAUUUCUGUCGUUUAUUAAGGUCAGCCACGGUAACUGAUAAUCCUAGUGGGUGGUCAGGGUGCAAGAAACUUUAUUGCAAGUCAAAUAUGGGUUUCAAAAUAGACCAUUAUUAUGUCUUGCAACUAAUCACAAAUGAAGUUGAUUGCUGUUCGGUUUAUUGCAAGAAAGACUGCUAACUGCUGCGCUGCAGCUAAAGUUGCUGCAUCACUUCUAAAAUAACAGAAAAAAUUGUAAUUGAAUGCAAAAUAUUUUGCUACAACACCAUCUUAGACGUAGAAAUGUUUCCUAUGUACUAGGUUAUACAACAAAUCCGAAAGCCGCGCGGUCAAGCUCUUAUAUACACGAAUUACUACUUCGAAUGAACAUCAGUUCUUGCUGGUGUAUCGUAUUUCGUAUUAAUGAACAUUCGGAAUAACAGACAUAAUAUCGAUUGAAUAUCAUCUUUUUUAGUAUGGGGUGUAUGCAACACUGAACAUGUAACUUGUUUCGUUUCAUGCUAAGUGGUAAACGGGCGAUAUGAACGUUAUUGAUAGCAUUGACGGAAUUGUAUUACGUAACACAAUUGACGACAUAAAAAUCGAUCUAUGAAUAUGUUUCAACUUCCUUUCCACCACGUUACUAUUCUCUGUUCUACAAUAUUAUUAGCAACCGACGAACACGAUCAACCAGGAUUAGGUCUACCUCACUCACUUUAUGAUACACGAUGUGUGAUGAAGAUGGAGCCCCCGUAUUCCCAUCCACACGCCCCAACAUCCUCCAGGCAGCCCGUUGCCAUGGUGACGCUACAAGGAUGCGAUCCAAGCCUCCAUGUGUGUUUGAGAUGGUUGCUUCCGUGGGGUUCUUACUCCUCAUCAUCGGUUGUCUCGUCGUCGUCGUCGGUGGUGGUCGAAGACCACGAGGUCCAGCAGGACUUGUAGGGCUGUUCAUCAUAUCAACCGGAUUUUCAUUGCUCAUGGUGUGUUGUAUAUGGGGCUACUGCUUCAAGAAACGCCCUGAUCACGUGAGAGUAGAAGAUAGUGGCAAUACAAAUCCGCCAGCUCUGUACACUUCAUCAGCUGCAGACGAUCAUCGCAUCGCAUUUGGCGCCCAAACGGUGCCCAUUCAAGUUUUGUCGCACGAUGGCGCCGUCAUUCUAAUUCCUCGAAAUGCACGUGACGGACAUAUUUUGUAUCACCAUGGUAAUGGCAUGACAAACCUAGGAGAAGCUGUGCAUUACAAUGUGCGUUAUAAUUCUAUCAGCCUACCAUCCUACGACCAAGCGAUGUCAUGUCCGGUUCUUCUUCCUACUUCUCGCUCUCAUCACCAUCAACUUCCAUCCACAGCGACCCAAGAUCCUGUAACACCAUCAGAAGGUGGUCACGAGAUAGAGGCACGGCGUAGCAAUGCGUUGGAGACGGACGAUGAGAGGAGCUUGCCUGACAUAGGAGGCCACGCUGAUACACCAAUGGAAUCUCACGCAUCACAAACCACUCGGCAUGCUCGAUCCGAUCUUUCUAUACACCGUGAUCGAGCUGAGAGAACGUCAUCACGCCCGGAAUCGCACACUCCCCUCACUAAUCUGAUUCCUCAUUCUCCUCCUCCUCCUCCUCUUCAUCCCCCUCCAGCGUACCAAUCAUUAUUACAAUAAUAUGCAAAAAAUGGCAUUGUAGUCUGUAAACGAAUAUGGAUUGUGAAGUUGAUGUGAGUUCGGAUCCCCAUCAUCUCUUCUUUAACUAAAAAGGCCCGGGAUUAAUUUGUGUCGUCUAUUGUGACUGAUUGACUUCGACGUAGUGUUCCCGAUGCAAUUGCUGAAACCAGCUUGGCGUUGAUGAGGUUAAAACCCGCGCUGAUAAGUUCCUCUGGGAGUUACAGCAACAGACCAAGAACCAAACUACAUAAUGUGCUCUGAAACAGAGCCAUCGAUUAAUUUCAGAUUAUCUGCUAAUUAUAUUUCAUGUAAUAUAUUAUGUAAAGGCUGUACAGCAUAAUUAUGUUAAAGUAACGUCAUGGAUUUGGGAAAAUAAAACCUAAAUGAAAUGAAUGAAAUCUUAGAGUGCAAUUAAGAACAAUAAAAAAACAAUUCAUGAUUAUGUUUAUUUUCUGGUUUUGUCUGGGUGUAUAUUUCUGUGUGCCUCUCUCCUCUUCUUAUAAGAUGAGUUUUUACUCAUCAUGCCCCUCGGUUUUUAAUUAGCCUUUCAGGACGAAUUUUUGGCCAAUAUCCCGAUUUGUAAGAGAAUAAUGUCCAUCCCUUAUCAUUCAAAGUACCAUCAACCUAUAUUUUUUUUGUCGUGCAGUUAUGAAACCCACAGCCACUUAUAAUGGUAAUCGUUCUACAUGUAUGUAAUGUUUAACCUUUAGACUCGGGUAUUGGUUGUUUACCGUGUUUAUCAGUUUAAACAAUCAUGUCGAGGUUCUGCUCUAACCUCGAUAACGCAUCUCACACAUCAUUACAGGCAGUUUAUUAUAGUUUGGAAUAUUCUAACAGUACUUCCAACAAGUGUUCACCUGAGUUGUUAAGAAUUUUUGCAGCCAUACGAAUUUUUUUGACAAAAAUGAUGCAGCAGAAGAAAGAAAUUGACACUGUGACCUGAGCCAGCAACAAGUUAAUUCACAAAGCAUUUUGUUUACGUUAAUAUGGAUCUGCCAACACGGAAACCAUAAUUUGCUUUCUGACUCUUGAAUAUCAGACCCGCAAGGAUUAAAGCUGUAACGUUGAUAGACGUAGAGAUAACUGUCAUAAUGGCUGAAAUGAAUCCACGAAAUGUGGACUUUGGUGGUGAAAAUCAACCAACAACAUUUGAAUAUACGGACGAAACAUCGCCAUCACCUGCGAAUGACACGUUAUUUAUACCGGUAAAUACAAACUCGCAAGAGACAUAUCCAUCCCAGGAUUUACAGGCAAAUUCUCCAACACCGGAUAACUUGCUAUUUCCAGAAAGCGUCGCAGUCCACAGAGACAGCAUGGCAUCUCUUAAUAACUUAGAAGCUCCAGAAAAUUUGAAAUUACCCGACAAUUCUAUACAACCGGACAACUUGACAUCUCUUAACAACGCAGCAGCAGCAGCUCUGGAAAAUGUUACUGCUCCUAACUCGAUUUCUCCGGACAAGCCUUCACCCCCGGAUAAUCUAACAAUUCCCAGUAA